AAAUUCUCAUUUCCAUAUUCCGUCACACUCAUUCUCCCCUAAUAUUCAUACUUUAACUCUAAACUCCUUAUUUUAAUGAUGGGGGUUUCCUUUACAUAUAUAUAUAUAUAUACACACACACCAAGCUGCCUCAUCACACCCCAUUAACAGAGCUCAAUAACCCACCUACUUUCUCUCCUCUUUUCCUCCUUUAGAAGACGAGUCCCCCAACCCCAUUACCCCAAAGCUUCAGUAGCUCCAAUUUCCAAUCCCCACCUUUCCUUAUUGGUAAAGAUUGUGUCUUUGAUCAAUCAUCUUCUGGUAUUGAGUCACCCUUCUCAUGUUUUGUUCCCAAUCACUGUGUUCGAAUUCGACGUAUUUUUCGGUGUCUUCUGUUGUAUUGCUGUGUUUAUAAUGGCGGGAUAUAGGCCUGUUUCGAUUGAGGACUUGCCGACACAUUUGGUUUUGGAGAUAUUGUGCUCAGGGAGGCUGAGUGCUGUUGAUCUUUUGCAUUUAGAGUCGACUUCUAAGACGUUUGGAGGGAGUCAGGGGCUGUAUCCUCUUAAAUUUCGGUCUUUGGUAGAUUAUGCUGCGUUUCAGCUGUGUGUGUUGCAUUCUGUGUAUGCUAAGAUGGAGGAGUGUGCGAAGACAGUGCUGUUUGAUCGGUGCGAUGGGAAUUGGAAGAGGAUUUUGAGGUUCUUGCAAUCGGUGGAGCAGUCGUCUGACAUGGUGGAGACUUCAGCAGGCAAUCAGAUGCAUAUUACCACUGGAAGGUAUCACACUUUGCUAAUAAGCAAUUCAUCAGUCUACGCUUGUGGUUCCAGCUUGUGUGGCGUUCUUGGCCAAGGUCCCGAGACUAAACUAUGUGUGAAAUUUACCCGGAUGAGGUUUCCAUCUCGAGGACAUGUGGUCCAAGUCUCAGCCUCCCAGAACCAUGCUGCUUUUGUUAUGCAAUCCGGAGAAGUUUUCACAUGCGGUGACAAUUCGUCAUUUUGUUGUGGGCAUAAGGAUACAAACCGGCCAAUAUUUAGGCCGAGGCUGGUAGAGGCAAUGAAGGGUAUCCCUUGCAAGCAGGUUGUUGCAGGGCUUAAUUUUACUGCUGUCCUUACCAAACAAGGCCAUGUUUAUACAUGUGGGGCCAAUACACACGGACAACUUGGUCAUGGAGAUACCACAGAUAGGCCGACUCCCACACUUAUUGAAUUUCUCAAGCAAAUUGGCUCUGUAGUACAGAUUGCUGCUGGUCCGAGUUACGUCUUAGCUGUAACUGAGAAUGGAGUAGUCUACUCUUUUGGGACUGGUUCUAAUUUAUGUCUAGGCCACGGAGAGCAGCAUGAUGAGUUCCAACCACGUGCAAUCCAAUCACUUAAAAGGAAGGGUAUUCAUGUAGUUCGAGUGUCUGCGGGCGACGAGCAUGCAGUGGCACUUGAUUCCAGUGGAUUUGUAUAUACCUGGGGUAAGGGGUACUGUGGUGCAUUAGGCCAUGGGGAUGAGAUUGACAAGACUAUCCCGGCACUCUUGAGCAGAGUUCAAAGCCAGCUUGCUGUGCAGGUUUGUGCAAGAAAACGGAAGACCUUUGUUCUAAUGGAAAACGGUUUAGUAUAUGGUUGUGGUUGGAUGGGGUUUGGGAGCCUUGGGUUUACAGAUAGGGGAUUAUCUGACAAAAUCUUGAGCCCUCGAAUCCUUGAUAGCUUAAGACCUCAUCAUGUCUCUCAAAUUAGCACUGGUCUGUACCAUACUAUUGCUAUCACUAACUCUGGACAACUCUUUGGAUUUGGUGAUAAUGAAAGAGCACAACUUGGCCACGAUACACUGAGAGCAUGCCUCAAACCCACUGAAAUUUUUAUAGAAGAAAUGACUGAUGAGGUUGAUCUUGUUUAAAAUCUCUGACCUCAGGGAGAUGCCAUCGGUGUUUUUGUAGCAGUAUGAUUUUUUUUCCAAGGAGAACACAUUGGAUUUUCCCCCAGCAUCAAUCGUUGACAGUUUUUAGAGAUUGUCGACAAACUUGUAACUGUGUUAGUAGGUAAAUAGUAUCUGUAUCAGCAUAGUGUGCGUUAUUAUUAUGCAGCAUACUAGAAAGAGUAACGUGCUGCUGUGUGUUUAACACGAUAGUGAUUUUCAUCUUUGAUUUUUGUGUAUUUGUUCUGAGUAAUUAGAUUCAAUAAGAGAGUUUUAGCUAGGAAUUGAUGGACCACUGGUUUUCAUUUGUAAGCUGCGUAGUGCAUACCAAUAAUGCUUCUUUCAUUUAGCUUUCAACUUUCCAUCUGUAAGUUAUUGGACUUGAAGUCUUUAACAACUCAUUCACGGAUUAAAUAGUUUUAAAAAUGAUUGGAUUUUCUUACCGUCA